AAUUCCAUUUGACGACGAUGAAUAUAGAAAAAUCGACUUUCGAUUGGAAGAUUUUCCAGAAUCAGAUUUUUUACAUUCUUAUGAGUAUAUGAAUUUAUCGAGAAUUGCAAAAUUAAGAACAAUUGAUUAUACUUAUUUUGACAAAAAUCUUUAUGCCAUAAACAAUAACGGUGGUCGGAAUAUUGCUUUAUUACAUGCAAGAUCCCAAUACGUUGUUCCACGCUGGAUAUUCCCCUUCGACGGAAAUUGCUACUUAACAAAGAAGGCUUUCAAUGAAAUUAUGAAGCAAGUCGAUCAAUGGGGUGAUCAAUAUAGAUAUUUUGUGGUUCCAAUGGCACGGUUGUUAAACAAUAGUCAAGUAUUGGUCGAGACUGAUGCGCGACCUCAUACCCCACAUG